AUGCCGCCCAAGAUGACUCAGCCCUUGCGCCCGGUCGCCCGCUACCGCCCGGGCAAAGCCCCGGUCCCCGUCGCCGACUCGGACUCGGACGUCGACGACGACGACAACCAGCAGCAGCACGACGAGCGCGACGACGACGACCACGGUGACGCCGACCAGGACCUUGCCGAGUUCAGCGCACCGCAGCACCGCACCGCCAAGCAGCAGAACCACGCCUCGCUCAACGUCGCCCUCAAGCAGGUCGAGGUCCACGACGGCAAGGUGCGCGUUGGCGGCAAGGACGAGAGCGGCAGGACCCAAAUGGAGAGCUCAGAGGGAGAGUACGAGACCGACAGCGAGGACGAGCGUGCAGCCGCACCGGCCAAGCCUACGUUCCGCCCGCCGGGCGCACCCGCCCCUGCUGCGGCAGACGACGAGUCGAGCGAGUACGAGACCGACUCGGAGGAGGAGGAGCCGCUCAAGCCCCUGUACAAGCCCGUCUUUGUCUCCAAGCGCAACCGCGACACGGUGGCGACGCAGAAGAAGGAGCUUGACCCUGAGGCGAUCGAGGCGCAGCAGGCGGCCGAGGCCGAGCGCCGUCGCCAGGAGGCCAAGAACCUCGUCGCGACCAGCAUCGUCCGCGAGCUCGCCGACAAGGAGGCGCAGGAGGUGCAUCCGGACGUGGACGACACGGACGGCCUCGACCCCGAGGGCGAGUUCGAGGCUUGGAAGCUGCGCGAGCUGCAGCGCCUCAAGCGCGACCGCGAGGAACGCUACGCGCUCGAGAAGGUGCGCGAGGAGGUCGAGGCGCGCCGAGCGCUCCCGGACGAGCUGCGGCUCAAGGAGGACACGCAGCGGGCCGACCAGUCGCGCAAGGACAAGAAGAAGGGCCAGCAGGCGUUCCUCCAGCGCUACCACCACCGCGGCGUGUUCCACACCGACUCUGCGCCGAUCGCCGAGCUGCUCAACAAGCGCGACUACACGGCGCCGACCGAGUCGACCGUCGACGUGUCGACCCUGCCCGCCGUCAUGCAGAAGCGCAACUUUGGCAAGGCGCACCAGACCAAGUACACGCACUUGGCCGACCAGGACACGAGUCGCCAGAGCGGCGGCUUUGGCAGGGCAGGCGGGAGCGGCGCGGCCGGUGGCGGGGCGAGCGGGUCGGGGUGCUUCUUGUGCGGCGGACCUCACCUCAAGCGCGACUGCCCGCAGCUGAACGACCCGUUCUCCUCGGCGACCGGCGCCGCAGCUUCGGGCGCCAACGCCUCGGCGCGUGCCUCGGGCGGCGACGUCGGCUACGCCUCGCGCGGCGCUCGACCGCCUCCUGGCGUCGAGAGCGCCGCCGGGCCGAGCGGCGCCAGCGGUGCAGGGGCGAGCGGGCGGCGCCAGGGCAUCGGGUACGGCGCCGAGCGGGACCGGGAGCGCGAGCGCGAGCGUUACGCGCCGCGUCGCAGCCGGUCACCGCCUCGCGAGCGGCGGUACGACCCUCGGGACGAGCGGUACGGCGGCGCAUCGGGCUCGAGCUUGGGAGGAAGGGACCGCGAGCGCUCGAGGUCGAGGGACCGCGAGGCGUACCGGCGCAGGAGCAGGAGCAGGAGCCCGCCGCCGCCGCCGGGGCCGCGGCGAGACGAGCGGGAACGGGAGCGGUACGGCGGGGGCGGGAGGGACGAGCGGGAGCGGUACGGCGGGCGAGGAGGUGACGGGGAGAGGGAGAGGGAGCGCGAGCGCGAUCGGGACAGGGAGCGCGCCGAGCGGGACGAGAAGCGCAGGAGGCUCGACUGAGCUGAGGAGCGUGUAGCUGCAGGUGCACUCGACUAUCUCACUGCGGCACUCC